AAGCCAGACAUCUGCUCCUCACAUGAAUGCACUCACCUCCUAGAGACCAGGCUGCCAUCAUGCUCUGGAAACUCGUGGAGAAUGUCAAGUACGAAGACAUCUAUGAGGACCGACACGAUGGCGUUCCAAGCCAUAGCUCGAGACUCUCUCAGCUGGGCUCUGUGUCCCAAGGCCCCUACUCGAGCGCCCCGCCGCUGUCCCACACGCCAUCAUCGGACUUCCAGCCACCCUACUUCCCACCCCCCUACCAGCCACUACCUUACCACCAGAGUCAAGACCCCUACUCCCACGUCAACGACCCCUACUCCCUGAACCCUCUCCAUCAGCCCCAGCAGCAUCCCUGGGGGCAGCGACAGCGACAAGAAGUGGGUUCAGAAGCCGGCUCUCUACUGCCCCAGCCCCGGGCAGCCUUGCCUCAGCUCUCGGGCCUUGACCCCCGAAGGGACUACCACUCUGUCCGGCGGCCGGACGUGCUGCUACAUUCGGCACACCACGGCCUGGACGCCGGCAUGGGCGACAGCCUCUCGUUGCACGGUCUUGGGCAUCCCGGCAUGGAAGAUGUGCAGUCAGUUGAAGAUGCCAAUAACAGCGGCAUGAACCUAUUGGACCAGUCAGUCAUUAAAAAAGUUCCUGUCCCUCCCAAAUCUGUCACUUCUCUAAUGAUGAAUAAAGAUGGCUUCUUGGGAGGAAUGUCAGUCAACACCGGCGAGGUAUUUUGCUCGGUUCCAGGCCGUUUAUCUCUGCUCAGCUCAACUUCAAAAUACAAAGUGACUGUGGGAGAAGUUCAGAGACGGCUCUCGCCCCCUGAAUGCCUCAACGCGUCUCUCCUUGGCGGCGUCCUCAGAAGAGCCAAAUCGAAAAAUGGGGGGAGAUCCUUGAGAGAAAGGCUAGAAAAAAUCGGUUUGAAUUUACCCGCGGGCAGGCGCAAAGCAGCAAAUGUCACCCUACUCACCUCCCUGGUGGAAGGGGAAGCCGUUCACUUAGCUCGGGACUUUGGGUAUAUUUGCGAAACAGAGUUUCCUGCUAAAGCCGUGUCCGAGUAUUUGAACAGACAGCACACGGACCCCAGUGACCUGCACUCCAGAAAGAAUAUGCUUCUGGCCACCAAGCAACUUUGUAAAGAGUUCACGGAUCUGCUGGCGCAGGACCGGACACCGAUCGGUAACAGCCGGCCCAGCCCCAUCCUGGAGCCGGGCAUCCAAAGCUGCCUCACGCACUUCAGUCUCAUCACGCACGGCUUCGGCGCCCCGGCCAUUUGCGCUGCGCUCACGGCCCUGCAGAACUAUCUUACCGAAGCGCUCAAAGGCAUGGACAAGAUGUUCUUGAACAACACCACUAACAGGCACACGUCUGGGGAAGGCCCAGGUAGUAAAACUGGCGACAAGGAGGAAAAACACAGGAAAUGAAAAAAAAAAAAAAUUAAAGAGAAGGAAAAUGUUUUAAAUACAAAAGGAAAACAGAAAAAAAAUAAUUUUAGCUUUAACAUAUUGGAUUGGCUUUGGAAGAAUUAUAUUAGGUAGAAUACACAUACAAUCAAAAUUUAAAAGAAAAAGAAAGUUAAGUAACUUUAAAAAAAACUGAGGCGUCAUCGGAGCGACAAACUGGCUCUCGGUGUCUAUUUCAAGAUACACAUGGAGACAACCGUCCGGAUUUUCCACUUCGGUUCUUUCGAGUUUAGUAAUACAGAUAAUAAAAGAAAACUAUGAACCCCCCCCUUUUGGAAAAUAAACAUGAGACUAAACGUGAGAACACGCUAAGUUAUUGGAAGAAAAUUGGAGAAACGUUGGUGUCAAUGCUUUGAGAGCUGGUUGACUGAGACGCACGAACUUUUAAAUUUUUAAUUUUUUUAAAAAGGAAACUCUCGCAGUCCGCGCGCUCCUCCUCACCCUUCUGAAGGCUGCUUCCCUCCCUCCCCCGUCAGUCGGUUCCGGGGAUCUGCUGGGGGAUGCCCGCUGUGAUUAGUUCUUUGGCAGUUGUGUUGUCCCUUUGGUGUCCAGACCUCGCCUCGUUCCUAACUCCCCGGUGCCCAACUCCCCACCCCCUGUGUGUUUAAUUAGGGAGGCGUGGAGGGGGUGGGGGUGGCCCAGAGGGUGUGUGUGUGUGGGGGGAAGGCCAUAGCUUUUGAUCCGGUCUUGAGAGUCGAGACUCCCGCGACAGAGGAAACCAGACCGAUAAGUUGAUUCAUCAUGGUUCCUUUCAGAAAACGUUACUAGUUCCCAGACUUGCCAGCACCUGUUCACAGAGAAUGUCACAUUUGUUAGACUUGUGUCAUCUAGAAGUAGAGUUUAAAAAGAAAGAAAGGAAACAAAACACGAAUACUUUGAUUAGUAUGUAAUUCCUUCGGAGGGGUAUGUACCAUCUCAUUUUCUUCUGUUUCCCAAAGCUUUACCCACAUGGUUUAUGAGCUUCUUCAAAGAAGACUUGGGCUUCCUACACAAUCUAUAAGGUACUGAGAAAAAAGAAAAAAAAAAAAGAAACGAUCCUUUUAAAGUCAAAGCCUGUGUGUCAGAAUUGGGCAGGUUCACUUCUUUAAAGAAGCUCAAAGGAAAUCAUCUAGGAAGUGGACAGCGUGGAGGGUGGGGGGCAGCGUUGAGUCUUCUUGCUAACACCCUUCAACACAGAAAUUCCCUCAGGGGUGGAUCAUUGCAGAAUGCCUUGUAAGGGAGUAAGCCUUCUUGGGAACCUGUAUUCCAACAGUAUUGUCUUCACUGAAAAACGAAUUGCAUUUUCUUGGGCUCUUUGGGGAUCGUUGUUCUAAUGGAGAAAGAAGCAGCUAUACGGUUGUAUUUGGGGAAGACAGUCUACAAAUGACCGUGAGCUUUCUGAAUAAAAGUGUCCCCUUUCAGACAUACAUUUAUUUUGGCACAAAAUGCAUAACACCCACCACCACACCAACCACCACCACAAACACUACCAACUACAAACACCACCCCAAACACCACUACCACGCAAAGUGAAAGAAAGAGCUUGUAUUUCAGCCUCAAAUUCCUGUCUGGAUAUACUGGGAAUAUUCCCAGUCAAUGAGGAUCCAAGCAUUUAAUGUAUCUCACUUCACUCACCCCAACUUUUCACCCAUACUGUAUCUUAGCAUUACCAGGAAAUAAGCCUGUACCUUUAGCAAGAGCAGUGAAAUCC